AUGGCGAUAGCCGUUACCCAACCGACUUAUCGUUCCACUCUUUCCCCAAAAAUGAAGAGAGCGUGGAUUCACAGUAUUCGUCGCGAUCCUGGUAAACAUUUUCAAAUUACACCAAGCCUGCGAGUUUGUGGCAACCAUUUCAGACCCGAAGACAUAUAUGAUACGCCUUCUGGUCGACGCCGUUUGCACCGCAACUCAGUUCCAUCAAAAUUUAGUUGGACAAAGUUAAUUGCAGAGAGACCACUGCCAAACAGACUGAGAACCACUGAUGAUGCCACUGUACCAAGCAGUCGGACCAGCAGUCUGAGUUUUAAUCACAUUAAUCCUACUCAAGUGGAUCACAACUACUGCAUUGUAGUGAAAACAGCUGAAGAAAAACUUGAGCAAGCUUUAAAAGAAAUUGAGAAUUUAAAAACUCAAGUUUCAAAGCUGUCAAUAUCUAAAUUCGGUAUGGAACGUUUCAAGGCGUCAAGCUCCAUGAUUAAAUAUUAUACUGGCUUUAGUUGUUCCUAUUGUUUAUUGAUUGACUUUUUCCACAUAUUGUUGGACUGUGCUAACUCUUUAACACUAUGGCGGCGAGAGAAAGAAGGCGGUCGUCAAACGAGAGAAUAUUUGACUCAAAAACGAGUGAGAGUGCGAGAGAAAUGA